AUGGAGCGGAGUGGACGGAGGGGUCGAGGCCCGAAGAAGCCGAUGGCGCUCGAUCGCUUAGGGAGCCGCGCUUUCUACAUGCUCCCGUUGGAAUUGGGCGGCGACGUCGGUAGCGGAAUCGGCACCGAGUUUCGAAAUGAUCAGCUGUCGAUCGUCGCGGGCGUGCGGGAGGGGGGGGAUGGUGGGGCACAGUACCGGCGAAGGCAUCGUUGCCGUCGGGCGCGGGCCAGUCGCGGCGCGGCGUCACGAUGCACUGGAACAUGCCGCGCGCCGGUCGCCGGACGACUGCUCGGCCCGCGCACUCACAGGCCCCGCCGCGGGCCGCACAGCCUCCGUACCGCGCGCGCGUCACCCCACCACCCCCCCACCCCCGCGCCCCGCACUUCCCUCGAAACGGGGUGCGUUCAAAUCGACUCGUUCGCGUCGCUUCGGGAGCAGAUGCAGCGCGGGGUCUGCGGUGGGCAGGGCGGGGGUUGUUUUAAUGCGCCCCCCCCCCCUCUCCUACCCUCCCCCUCCCACACACCCGACCAGGCCACCGCCACCGCCGCCACCGUUGUUGCGCAUCCGAUCUCACAAAAA